AUGUCUUCAGCUCAGCAGCGUCUUUCUCAAGUCUCUUCCCACUUCGGCCUUACCGGCCAGAAGGGAGCCGCCGCCCUCACCCAGAAGCACCCCGAUGAUAUUGUCGUGACAUGUGCUCUGCGCACUGCCCUGACCAAGGGUGGCAAAGGUGGCUUCAAGGAUACCGCAGCCGCUGACCUUCUGGCUGGUGUCUUCAAGGCUGUUAUCCAGAAGAGCGGUAUUGACCCCAAGGCCGUCGAGGAUGUUGCUGUCGGCUCUGUCCUGCCCCCCGGUGGUGGUGCUACUGAGUUCCGUGCUGCUGCCCUGGUUGCUGGCUUCCCCGAGACCACUGCUGUCAAGAGCUUGAACCGCCAGUGCUCUAGCGGUCUCCAGGCCGUUGUUGACGUUGCCAACGCCAUCAAGUCCGGCAUGAUCGAGGUCGGCAUUGGUGCCGGUGUUGAGAGCAUGAGCUCCCAGUACGGCCCCGGCGCCGUGACCGAAUUCUCCGAGCUCCUCGAGAACCACCCCGAGUCCGCCAACUGCAAGGUCCCCAUGGGCGUCCUGUCUGAGGACAUGGCCAAGGACCGCGGCAUCAGCCGUGCCUCCCAGGAUGCUUUCGCCGCUGAUUCUUACCAGAAGGCCCUCAAGGCCCAGAAGGCCGGUCUCUUCAACGAGGAGAUCGCUCCUCUCGAGGUCAAGUGGACCGACCCCAAAUCCGGCGAGGAGAAGACCAUCACCGUCAAGGCCGACGACGGCAUUCGUGAGGGGAUUACUGCCGAGUCCCUCGGCAAGAUCCGCCCUGCCUUUGCCAAGGAUGGCUCCAUCCACGCCGGUAACGCCUCCCAGAUUUCCGACGGUGCUGCCGCCGUUCUGCUCAUGAAGCGUUCCACUGCCGAGCGCUUGGGCCAGAAGGUCAUUGGCAAGUACGUCGCUGCCAGCGUUGUCGGUGUCAAGCCCCUCCUCAUGGGUAUCGGCCCCUGGGCUGCCAUCCCCAUUGCCCUGGAGAAGGCCGGCAUCACCAAGGAUGAUGUCGACAUCUUCGAGAUCAACGAGGCCUUCGCCUCCCAGUGCGUGUGGUGUGUUAACGAGCUUGGCCUGCCCGCCGAGAAGGUGAACCCCAAGGGUGGUGCUAUUGCCUUCGGUCACCCUCUCGGCUGCACUGGCUCGCGCCAGGUCAGCACCUUGCUGACUGAGCUUCACCGCACCAACAAGAAGAUUGGUGUCACCAGCAUGUGCGUUGGUACCGGUAUGGGUAUGGCUGCCGUGUGGGUUGCCGAGUAA